AUGGCGAACCGACUUUCCAUGUUCUCCAUGGCCUCAGAGGCUCGAGGCAGUGGACCUCAGUCUCAGGUCUCGACAACCACGCUGCUCAACUCCAUCCACAACAUCUAUCUCUCCUCACAACCCCAUCAACUGGACGCGAGCACCAGCGUCGUUGUGAACACCUGGCUCACAGCUGCUCAGGGCGGUCCUGCCGUUGAUGCUACACUCGCGUCGCGGGCUUGGGAGCAUGCCAGGCGUAGGGCGGAAGAUGGCUGCAUUGUCUUGGGCUCGCUUCACCAGUCGACUCCCUCUCUCCUCAUCCCUUUCCUGUCGUCAUUUCCGUUUGCGAUUCCCUCCACCGUCUACAAGGCUGUCGAGGCGAUCCAGCCCCUUCUCCGAUGUGUCACUCCACAAAACCCGGCGGCCCAGAAGCAGGCGGGCUUGGGCGUGACCCUGGCUUUGAACCUCGCCGGCAACCUUACGGGGGCUUCGUUGGCCCUCUCCCAGGGCGGAAUUGAUACUUCUGCGGGCUUGCUGAACAUUCCUGCCGAGGCGGGUUAUCGCGCCUUUGACGUCUUUUACUAUCUCUUGACCUCUGCCUCAACCCCCGCAGAACGAGAGUUCUUGGGCCUCAAGUCGGCGUCUGCAUAUACUCUUCUGUCCCGAUCUGGCACCUAUGAUCCACCAUCAUACCUGCCCACCGCCGAUGAUUCCGCAUCCGCCGACGACUUCCGCCAGGCUCUCAAAGACAUUGGCAUCAAGGGUUCAGCUCACCGAAACUUCAUCUCUACUCUAGCCGGCCUGCUCAAGCUUGGCGACACGCUUGACUACAGCAUUGAAUCCGAGGCGCUUGAGGAGAUUUGUGAGGACGUGGGUGGUCUGCUUGGAAUCGACCCCGACGUUGUUCUUCGUCAGUGCAGCACAGAAGACCGCAAGACUCUCGUUGGCGGACUCUACGAGUCCCUUGUUGAUUGGGUCAUCUCCAAGGCCAACGAUGCCAUCGCUGCGCAGUUGGUCCGUAUCAAGGAUGGCGAUGAGUCUUUGGAUGGCCAUGGAGUUCGCACUCCCACCUCCAACGAAGACAAUGGCGAUACCGUCUCCAUCACUGUCCUUGAGGUGCCGGAUCCUGCCAUCAGCAGGGCGCUGUGUAUGCGGUCCGUCUUCGAUGAUACCCAAGGUAUCAAUGCCGAGAUGAUUGGCGAUGGCUUCGAGAUCCCCUCGGCUGGCUCUUCUAUUCUUAGGGAACUCCAGCAGGCAGUAUCCGAGGUGGCGCCUGACUUGGGAAUCAUGACCGGUCCUCAAGGCCGCGAGCGCCAGCAUGAGCUGGAGAAGAGGGAGGUCAUUCUGGAGAAGGCUGCAUAUGGUGCUGACGAAGGCAGCUUCCUCAAGAAGUUGCUCUUCCCCGUUGAAGGCCAAGGCAUCAACCUGGGCAGGGCUGGUCGAAUCGAUCUACCCACGGUGCUUGGCUCCAACCGUAUGUGGUAUCAUCUCUGCCUGCACCCAACUGAUGAUACGCCCGCCAGCUUAGCCGCGCUGCCCUCCAUUACCUCUGCUUGGUCGGCUGGCACCGUCUCUCGUCAGUUGCGCGCAUGGCGUCUUCCGGAAUGGGCGAACCGCCGGCACAGGAACCUUGACUUCACCGCCGACUUUGACGUCGACGAAUUCGUGCAGCGUUAUGCUCCUCUCGGCUGCAGGGAUGGUCGUGAGGGCAUUGAAACGUGGAUGCUGGAGCGUGGUUGGAGCAAUGGCGAAGUCUUCAUUGGCAAGGAGCGUAUCUGGAUUCGCGAGAGCGCAUGGUGGGAGGCGGAGAGCAUGUUGGAUGUCAAGCCAGGUGAUGAGAUCCAUCCCAUCCACAGCAACCCCUUCAACAACGGUUUCGAUACCGGCUAUUCAAACAACGGUAGCGGAUACUUCCCUCCAACUGGCAUGGACAAUAGUGCCAAUAUCAGCCGGGACCACUUGGUCCACAACCGCGGCAUGAGCCAGGGCAACAUGAGCCAAUUCACACUCGGCCAAUCCCCGAACCCUCAGGCCGCGCCGUCCAUCGCGCCAAGUGCCAUGCGUGCUGGCGAUUAUGGCUUGGGUAACAAGGGCGACUUGUAUAGGGGCGACGGCUUUUACAACCCGGAGGCCGCUGCAUUCGACGCCGAAUUCGCCGAAGAUAAGAAGCUCGAGACAAAGCAGGUUGACAAUGCCCGUCGGGCCUGGGUUUGUUUUACAUGGGCUAUGACCUGGUGGAUUCCAUCACCGUUGCUUAAAUGGAUCGGUGGCAUGAAGCGCCCGGAUGUCCGCAUGGCUUGGCGUGAGAAGCUCGCUCUGUGCAUGGUGAUUGUCCUCAUGAAUGCCAUCAUCAUCUUUUGGAUCGUUGGCUUUGGCCGGGUUCUGUGCCCUAACAUGGACAAGGCCUGGAACCGAAAGGAGGUCAGCCAGCAUCAAGGCACCAACGACUACUAUGUCAGCCUUCGCGGUGGCGUCUACGAUCUUUCCAAGUUCUGGAAGCUCCAGCACAGCGACACGAACACGAAGACCACCUCAGACCUUAUGCUGCCCUUGGCCGGCGCGGACAUGGAUGAUUACAUCAUCCCUCCUCUUAACGCUGCCUGCCAAGGUCUCGGGCUCACCGACUCCUCUCAGCUCAUCCUCAACAACACUCUCGAGAACCCUUUCGCAGUGCAUACGUCGGGUCAUUUUCAGCCCGACCCGACCAGCAAGCUAGCCGACCCCAACUGGUACUGGAACGUCUUCGAGCCAGCCAUGGAAGAGUUUUACAAGGGCCAGCUAGUCUACAAAACAUCAGAUGUCAAGCAACAAGGCAACGAUGACCAGAGGAUGUGGGCCAUGUAUGGCAACCAGAUCUACGACUUGACCAACUAUUUCCAUACCCUGGACAUAUACAACAACGACCAGCGAUACACAUUCCUCAACCAGGACCUUACGGACCUGUGGAAAGACAAUCCGGGCACCAAUAUCAAGGAGAAGCUGGACAUCCUCAUCAAUGACCCUAACAACAACAGCACCGUGCACGCCAAUCUUGCCAAUAGUUGGUUGUGCAUCCAGCGCGUUUUCGUCAAGGGCAGCACAGACUUCCGCGUUACCCCUCGAUGCGUGGUCAACAACUACAUUCUUCUCUCCUUCACAAUCGUGUUGUGUAUUGUCAUCGGCCUAAAGUUUGUGUCCGCGCUUCAGUUUAGCACCAAGCGACGACCCUCUCCCCAGGACAAAUUUGUCAUUUGCCAGGUCCCCGCCUACACCGAAGGUGAAGACUCGCUGCGAAAGGCACUUGACUCGUUGACAGCACUGCAGUAUGACAAUAAGAGAAAACUCAUCUGCAUUAUCUGCGACGGUAUGGUUGUUGGUGGAGGCAAUGAUCGUCCUACACCCAAGAUUGUUCUGGAUAUCCUAGGCGUAGAUCCCAAGGUUGAUCCUCCUGCACUGGCAUUCAAGGCUGUCGGCCCCGGUAGUGACCAGCUCAACUAUGCCAAGGUCUAUUCUGGUCUUUACGAGUACGAGGGUAACGUGGUCCCGUACCUGGUUGUCGUCAAGGUUGGCAAGGAGUCGGAACAGACCAAGGCCAAGCCUGGUAACCGUGGCAAGCGUGAUUCUCAGAUUCUUCUCAUGAGCUUCCUCAACCGUGUCCACCAUCGCUCCCCCAUGAACCCGCUCGAGCUCGAGAUGUUCAAUCAAAUUAACAACAUCAUUGGCGUGGAUCCUGAGCUAUAUGAGUACCUCCUCAUGGUCGAUGCCGAUACGUGCGUCCAAGAGGAUUCUCUCAACAGGUUGGUCGCUGCAUGCGCCCAUAACGCUAAGAUUGCUGGCAUCUGCGGUGAGACCAGUCUGGAGAACGACCAAAAGUCUUGGUGGACAAUGAUUCAGGUCUACGAAUACUACAUCUCUCAUCACAUGGCAAAGGCAUUCGAGUCUUUAUUCGGUAGUGUUACUUGUUUGCCCGGAUGUUUCACCAUGUAUCGCCUCAGAACUGCAGACAAGGGCAAGCCUUUGAUUAUCUCCGACGGCGUCAUCAAGGACUAUAGUAUAUGCGAUGUCGACACCCUCCACGAGAAGAACCUACUCUCUCUGGGUGAGGAUCGAUACUUGACAACUCUGAUGACGAAGCACUUCCCUUCUAUGCAGUUCAAAUUCCUUCCCCACGCUCAGUGCAAAACGGCUGCCCCGGAGUCGUGGAGCGUUCUCCUGUCCCAACGUCGACGAUGGAUCAACUCGACUAUUCACAAUCUUGUAGAGCUUAUGCGGCUCAAGGACAUGUGUGGCUUCUGCUUCUUUGGAAUGCGUUUCAUUGUCUUCAUUGAUCUCUUCGGCACCAUCAUUCUCCCCGCGACAUGCGCUUACCUUGGCUACAUGAUUUACAGCGUUGCUACGCACCCGACCUCGUUCCCCCUGUGGUCUCUUGUCAUCCUGGCUGCCGUCUACGGUCUCCAGGCACUGAUCUUCAUCUUGAAGAGACAGUGGCAACAUAUCGGCUGGAUGAUCAUCUACAUCCUUGCGUACCCCAUUUACUCGUUUGCGCUCCCUGUCUAUUCCUUCUGGAACCAAGACAAUUUCUCCUGGGGUAAUACCCGUGUUGUCAUCGGAGAGAAGGGUAACAAGCAGGUGGUUGCCGUUGAUGAUGAGGGUUUCAACCCGCGAUCCAUCCCGCUCCAGCUCUGGGACGACUAUGCUCUAGCCAACGGUCUCCCCGGUCGACGUGGCACCAACCAAUACCAGGAAAAGCAAGACAUGGUCUACAACGAUCAGUACGAGAUGGACGAAAUGAAGUCAGUCUACUCAGCCGGUCCUCAAGGCUCGGUUCUCACUGGCAUGCACGGCCGUAAUACAUACAUGCCCCCCCAGUCCCCCGCGCCGUUCGCCGCCAGCCACAUCGGUGACCCUACCUACAUGCAACAGCGACAGUCGAUGAUGUCCAUGGGUACUGCGAUUCAGGAUCGCAGCCAAUCACCAUACUCGGACUUCCCCCAGAGGACGAGUGUGAUGCAUACCCGUGGCCCAUCCAAUCUGAUUCCCUCGCCAGGUCUUUCGCCAGGCUUUAAUGGCAUGAACCGCUCUUCUUCUGCCAUGAGUUUUGGUCGUGGCCAUGAAGCAACCCGGUCGACCGCUUCGUUCGAUUUCAUGGGAGGCGCCGGUGGCAUCGGGUCAUCAGAUGCCGCCAUCAUUGAAGCCAUCCAAGCCGUGUUGCGAGACGUUGAUUUGGACACCGUGACGAAGAAGCAGGUUCGCGCGCUCGUUGAGCAGCGCCUGCAGACCGAGCUCGUUGGGGAGCGUCGCACGUUUGUGGACAAGCAGAUCGACCGCGAGUUGGAAAACAUGUAA